CCAACCCAUAUCUCUCUCCCAUACCGGAAAAGAAGGGAGCCGACAAUACAAUUACAGUACAUCUCCGGCCAUACUUAUUUCCCUCUCCUUUUCAUUUCAUCAUAUUUUCAAAUCUCCUUUUCACUCUCUCUCUACACCUUUUUUCUAGGGUUUUUAUGAUGCCAUUGUCUCUUACAAAACCCUAAUUUUUUAAUUGCUUAUUAUAUUAUAAUAUUAUAAUAUUAUUAUUAGUAGUAAUUGAAAUGGAUAGUGCAAUCAGCGACGGUGGAGAUGCUUCUACUAGUAGUGGCGGCAGCGGCGGUGGACAACUUGCUGUUCCUGCUACUCCGAUGCCGAUAUCGACGAUGCAAGGAAAUGCACCGCCGCCGUUUCUUAGCAAAACGUACGACAUGGUGGAUGAUCCUUCAUCUGAUGCGAUUGUGUCGUGGAGCUCGACGAAUAACAGCUUUGUUGUGUGGAACCCGCCGGAAUUUGCUCGUGACCUGUUACCCAAGUAUUUCAAGCAUAAUAACUUCUCCAGCUUUGUUAGACAGCUCAAUACCUAUGGUUUCCGGAAGGUUGAUCCAGACCGCUGGGAAUUUGCAAAUGAAGGUUUCUUAAGGGGUCAAAAACACCUUCUUAAGAGUAUAAGCCGGCGAAAACCUGUGCACGGACAUGCUCAUCAACAGACCCAACAACCACCUGGACAGAGUUCAUCAGUGGGUGCAUGUGUUGAGGUUGGGAAAUUUGGACUGGAGGAAGAGGUUGAGAGACUUAAGAGGGACAAAAAUGUGCUUAUGCAAGAACUUGUUAGGCUGAGGCAGCAGCAACAGGCUACUGAUGGUCAAUUGCAAGGAAUGGUGCAGCGGCUUCAAGGGAUGGAGCAGCGGCAGCAACAGAUGAUGUCUUUCCUCGCAAAGGCUAUGCAGAGCCCUGGCUUCUUGACACAGUUUGUACAGCAGCAAAAUGAAAGCAAUAGACGUAUAACAGAAGCUAAUAAAAAAAGGAGGCUCAAGCGAGACGGUGUUUCUGAGAAUGAGAGUUCUAGUGCUCCUCCGGAUGGCCAGAUUGUGAAGUACCAACCUCAGAUGAAUGAUGCAGCAAAAGCAAUGUUGAGGCAGAUCAUGAAGAUGGAUGCACCUUCGACGUCGGAAUCUUACAACAAUGGUCUUGAAGGUUUCCUGAUUGGCGAUGGUUCACCCAUAUCCAGUGGAAUGGAGAACGGGAGCUCUUCUUCAAGCCAGGUGUCAGGAGUCACCCUUCUAGAGGUGCCACCAACUUCAGGGCAGUCAACUUAUUUAUCGUCAUCAGAAAUGAAAUCUGACAACUUAACAGCUUCUCAGUUCCCAGAUUUCAGUGCACUGGUUGGGUCGAAUGAGGCACCCUCCAUCUCUAUUCCUCAGUCAGAUGUAGUCAUGCCUCCACUCUCUCAAAUACCAGACAUUAUACCAGAAAGUAUUGUCGGUGAAGGUUUUAUGCAACCCGAGACUGGCAAUGAUGAAUUUAUGGACCUGAGUUCGCUAGGAAUUGAUAAUUCCGAUCCUGAUAUUGAUUUAUUGCUGGAAAAUCCAAGCUUCUGGGACACACUUGUGCAAAGUCCCGCCCCUGAGGAUAUUGAAUCGAGCUCUAUUGACGGUAAAGCAAAUGAAAAUGAUGCGCAGCCAAUGGACAAUAAUGGAUGGGACAAAGAACACAUGGAUGAGCUUACAGAACAGAUGGAACUUCUAACCUCAGAAACUAAAAAGCUUUGAUAUUGGUUUACUCAGAAUGUACAUUUGUUACACUGUGGCUCAGGUAAAUUAAUUAACCCUUUGAAAUCAUAUAGUUAUUUUCUUUUGGCUAUUCAGAAAAACAGUAAAUGCAUUCUCUACUUGUGUACUUAUGGUUUUGUGUUUUUAGCAAAUAUGUAGACUCAAAUCAAUCUUUCUAUUUGCGCGGUUUCAAAGUGUUAAUUUUGUCAAUUUAAAUCUAAUUUGAAAUUUUUUAUUUUAAUUGCAUAAAUUGAGAUGAUA